UGCUCUCUGAUGCGGCGCGUCAGUCAUCUUAUCAAGUUCUCGUCUGGGUGUGUUCACCAAGUUCCCCUCGGCCUCCAGAGACGCAGCAGUGGGGAGUCCAUCUCCUCCAAACCGCCGUGAGCACUCAUGAAGGUGCUUGUGGUGGCGUUCACACCUCAGUCAUGUUUACUUUUAAACAAUAGGCGUUAGUAUUGAACCAUCCGCCGUCACCAUGGCAACGCAUCGCGGCAGAAAGGAAACGGCCCGGAGCAAAGCGCAGCCAAAGCGGCAGCACAAACCGGCCAAGGGCUCCAAGAAGCGACCGCCGGCCAAGGCUCGGAGCAAAACCAGCAAUGUGAUGCGGGCGAAGAAGCGGGGACCGACGAAAGGAAUUCGUGCUGAGCCUAAAAAGAAGAGACGCACAUUUUCAAAGCAAACCAGAGCUGUCACCAGGAGAAAAUCUCUGAGGCUGAAGAAACCCGCAGGGGUCAGGCGGAGCGGACAGAAGGCGAGCAGUAACCCCCCCAAACCUGCAGGCAGACGGGACGCCUCCAAGAAGACGAGCGGCGUCCGCAGAAAGUUGGUCCAGAAGAAGAAGAUGGACAAAAUCAAGUCCAAGAAGCUCGUCAAGACCGACCAAAGCAGACAGGUGAUCUACUCAGCUGCCGUCACGGAUGAGGACAGCGGUCUGGGGAUGACGGCGGAUGACGACAGCAACGGCAGCGUCUGCGACGCCAUACUGAGCCGGGACCGCCACAGUGAGUUCCUGAGAGGAUCUUUCCCGAUCAGCAGUUCAGGUCCAGACGCGACCCGCAGAACCCCCUUCAGCACGUGGUCUAAUCAGUCCAUGGAGGAAGACUCUGAUGAUGAAGAUGAAAGGGCCUCCAACAGCCGGCGGGCGCUCAGCCUGCAGACGGAGGAGCUUCUUGGAACUCGCAGGAAAAGGUUGGCUGGAGGAGCAGGUCUGGCAGACAUUGAUCCUAUGGCCGUCGACGGGUCUGUGGGGUUUGACAGCAUAGGAGGCUUAUCCGGUCACAUCUCCGCUCUAAAGGAAAUGGUCAUCUUCCCUCUUCUGUACCCAGAAGUCUUCGACAACUUCAAGAUCCAGCCUCCUAGAGGGUGCCUCUUUUACGGCCCCCCCGGAACGGGGAAGACGUUGGUUGCCCGGGCGCUGGCCAACGAGUGUAGCCAUGGCAACAGGAAGGUGGCCUUCUUCAUGAGGAAAGGAGCCGACUGCCUCAGCAAGUGGGUCGGAGAGUCCGAGCGGCAGCUGCGGCUGCUCUUUGAACAGGCCUACCUGAAGCGCCCGUCCAUCAUCUUCUUUGAUGAGAUCGAUGGCUUGGCUCCAGUGCGGUCCAGCAGACAGGAUCAGAUCCACAGUUCCAUCGUGUCGACGCUGCUCGCUCUGAUGGAUGGGCUGGAAAACCGAGGGGAGGUUGUGGUGAUCGGCGCCACGAAUCGCCUGGACUUCAUCGAUCCGGCCCUGCGGCGCCCCGGACGCUUCGACAGGGAGUUCCUGUUCGGUUUGCCCGACAUAGAGUCACGCAAAGAGAUCCUAAAAAUUCACACCCGGCAGUGGAAUCCUCCCCCCUCUGAGGAUUUCCUGAGUGAACUGGCAGAGAAAUGUGUCGGUUACUGCGGCGCCGACAUCAGGGCGGUGUGCACGGAGGCGGCGCUCUGCGCUCUGCGCCGCCGCUACCCGCAGAUCUACAGCACCUCCCAGAAGCUCCUGCUGGACGUCUCCUCCAUCUCUGUCAGCAGCUGCGACUUUGUGGCGGCCAUGAGGAAAAUGUCCCCCGCCUCCCACCGCUCUGCCGCCUUCCCCGCCAAACCCCUGUCACCCGUGGUCCAGCCCCUGCUCGGUGGCGCCCUGCUCCACGUCAUGGAGGUCCUGCGGCGACUGUUUCCGCACGCAGAGCAGGGCACGAAGAGGAAACGGGAGCCGGACCUGACGUCGGGCGUCGUCGAUGACGGCCUGAUGGGCGGAGUGGAUGAGAACGCUGAGACCUCCAACAUCUCUGGACCUUCUCCAAGCAAGAACUUCCUGCACUUUGCCAGGAGCGCGGUCAAGCAGCCGACCUCUCACCGCCCCCGCAUGCUCCUCGUGGGCCGCCCCGGUUCUGGUCAGACGUCCCAUUUGGCCCCCGCAGUCCUGCAUGCGCUGGAGCGAUACGCCAUCCACAGCCUGGACUCUGCAGUUCUGUUUGGAGUCAGCAGCGUCUCUCCAGAGGAGGCGUGUGCGCAGGUGUUCUGCGAGGCCAAGCGGACGUCUCCCAGCAUCCUCUACAUGCCCCACGUCCAGCAGUGGUGGGACACGGCGGGGCCGGCCCUGAGGGCCUCCUUCCUCAGCCUGCUGGACAGCAUCCCGUCCUUCUCGCCCAUCCUCCUGCUGGCCACAUGCAGCCUCCCCCAUCAGGAGCUGGACCCGGACAUUCAGUUUCUUUUCCGUGAGGAGUACGGGGAAGUUUACACCCUCAAAGUUCCCACCAAGCAGGAGAGAACGGCGUUCUUUCAGGACCUCCUUCUCAACCAGGCGGCUGAGGCUGCAGCCUCCAGGAGGAAAUCCCGGAACCAGGAUCUGGAGAUUCUUCCUCUGGCUCCUCUGCCCCCCCCACGGCAGCUGUGGGAGCAGGAGGAGGACGUCCUGAGAGAUCUGCGCCUCUUCCUGCGCGGCGUUACCGAGAGCCUGAUGGUGGAGCGCCGCUUCAAGAUCUUCAGCAAACCUGUUGACAUAGAAGAGGUUCCAGACUACCUGAUGGUGAUCAAGAAGCCCAUGGACCUCUCCACGCUGCUGACUAACAUUGACGAGCACAAGUACACGACCGUCGGCGAGUUCCUGGAGGAUGCAGAGCUCAUCUGGAAAAACGCUCUGGAGUACAACCCGGACAGUGACCCUCUGGACCGCCACAUCCGACACCGCGCGUGCGCCCUGAAGGACGGGAUCCAGACCUUCAUCAGGGACCGACUGGACAGAGACUUUGCAAAACUCUGCGAGGAGAUCAAAGAGACCCGCAUUCAGAGAGCGAUGUCGCGUGGAGUCCAGAUGGGGGGGCCGGAGAGGGGCUUCAGCAGCUCUGCGUUUUCCCGAAAAAGUGCUGGACUUGAAGCACGUAACAAAAAGCCUUUUAGACGUCCUCGAAAAUCUAAAUGGAGCUCUGGUGUCAUUAAGAAGCCCCAGAAAAGGAAGUCCCCUGCCUCCUCCUCCUCCUCCUCCUCUUCCUCUUCCUCCUCGUCCAGUAAAGCCAGCCGUGACUCGAGUGCAGAGGAAGGCCAGCCUGCUGCUUCCAGAGGUCUGAACGGCUCUUCCAGCUGGUCUGAGAGCAGCGACGGAGAAACCGCCGACAUUUAUGGCAGCCUGAACGGUGUCACCAAGGCCCCAGCGGCCCCCACGAGCAAGCGCCGCUACCACGAAAAGCUUGACCUCUACCUCGCCGGCCGCGCCCACCGCCAGAGGAUGAACCUGCGACGUCGGAACGGGCCCUCAACGACCGCCGGGGCCCCACAAAAGAUGCUGAAUGGAGUUUGGUUAAACCAAUACGAGCAGAGAAAACACGAGACGCGAGCCAACAAUGCUGCUCUGGAUCAAGUGCAGCAGUUCAACAAGGACAGGUCUGCCGAGGUGGAUAAACACCCCCCGCCUGCCGUCAACCGCAACAAACUGAAGCUGCUUCUGGACAGCGCCGUGGCUCAAACGGACGGCGUGGAGGUGGAGCCUCUGGAGAAGCUUUACGCUCUGCUGGCUCAGUGCAUCUACAGACACCGGGACAGCAACAACAAGGCGGAGCUCAUCGAGGAAAUGAAGGCAGAAAUCGACAACUUCUCCUGAACCGUUUUAAUAAAACCUCCAUUCAUUUAAGUUUAAAACUUCUUUGUUAACUUUUUUUUUUUUUUGCUUAUGAAUGCUUGUACAGAUAAACAAAGUGCAUUUAUUUCAGACACUCUGGCAUAACUCAGGACUUUUUUUGUUUAAAAUACAGAUUAAAUCUGAACAUUUCUGUGAUCGUUUGUGCUUAAAAAGUCACUUCAAUGUCAGUUAAUGAUUUUUAAAAAUCCUAAAUACCUCAAUAUUUAUUCUAACAGACAGUAUUUAUCAUGCAUUUGUCCUUGUUAUCAUAUAUUUACAAUUUUAUCGUCCAGGUGUAUUUUUAAAAAGAUUUUCAGGUGCUAUUUGUUAAGAAAACAGUAAAUAUUUAAGAUAAGAUGGCCAAAAUACUGCCGUUCAUUUAUUGAUUUUAUCUUCACUCAAUAAUAAUAGUGUUAUAAAUGCUAUUAUAAACUACAAGCAUAGUUAUUGCAGGUUUUUUUGUAAAUUAGAUUAUGCUCAGAAAGUUAUUUUGCUUCAAGUUGGGAAAUAAAAUGUAUUAACAUUCCAGAAUUGUUAGUAAAACUUCUUUACAUGUUUGCAGCUGAUAAGAAUUGUUCACGUUUUACAAUUGUGAGUUUAUGUUCAUUAUUUAAAAAAAAAAAACUUAAAAAAAAGGAAAAAAAGGAAGUUUUGUCUUUUUUGUAGUUAAACUCUUGCGCUGCACAAUAGUUUUCCUUCCAGCUCAUUUGAAAACACUUUUGUUGACGCUGGAGUGUGUUGCAUAACUCCUUCAGCACGUGUUGUGUUGCCCUACUUCCACUCUGUACUACACAACUGCUGCAGGAUGCGUCCGCCUGACGCACCGACGCUCAAGGACCUUCUGCCCCCACGCAGAUGUAGGGGGGAGGACGGGGGCGAAUGGAGAGGGCAAUCGACCUUGUCACAAAGCUGUCAUUUCCGCCUGACGAGGCGGAUUUCAAAAUAAAAGACACUUCUUUCAUUCUUUU